AUGGCGCUCCUAACAGCCCAGGGAGUGAAGGAGGUCUUCCAGCGCCAGAAGCCGGAAGGUCGGGAGCACCUGCGGAGACUUCUGGACUGGGAGGAGAUAGAUGAAUGGAGAGACGCCCGCAGAAGCAUCGUGCUGGACACCCUCCACGAGAGCCUCCUCUUUGCGGUGGGCAAAGGCUUCCCAUGGGUGCAGGUGGUCCAGGUGCUCACGUUCACGGAGGAGCUGCUCAAGGAAACCGCAGGCUGCUCCAUCACUGACGCGGUGCUGACCCUCGGGAGGAAGCUCAGAGACUACCAGAGGCAGUUCAACCCCACCCACCUGCUGGCCCUCUGUGACUACUUCCACAACACCUUCCUCCGCCACUACAGGCUCUACCAGUACGUCCUGGGCCGGGACUGGGAGGUGAACCUGACGGUCACCCGGCUGCAGGUGUGCGUGCCGCCCCCACCUCUCCCGCUGGCGGCUGGCGUGGACAGGGAGGUCUGGAAGCACGAGCAGCAGCUGGCCGAGCUGAGAGAGGCCGAGGCACAGAAGCGCACCCACAUGCUGCUCCUGAGGGAGGCCCUGAGGCUGGAGCAGGGACACCGGCUGCAAGAGGCAUUCGAGGGAGCACCCGCCCCUCCCAGCGAGGGCCUGAGCAGAGAGAUGUUAGAGACGCUCAUCCGUGAGGCUCUCCGCGUCCAGAUGGCGAGCCUGAGGGAGCUGCUGCAGGCUGAGAUCCAGACCACCUUCGACAUCCUGGACCUGAAGCUUCAGCAGAAGACCUUGCAUCUCAACGCUCCCGCCCCUUUCCCUCCCCCAGUCACUGGCCAACCAGGCCAAGAUGAGUCCUUGAAGUCCAACAGAGCCAACAAAGGAAAGAAGGCCAAAGCAAAGAAGUAG